AAAAUCCGAAUCCCUAAUCCCCCAAUUCAAAUUUCAAAAUUUCACCACCACCACCACCACCACCACCGUAACCUCCUGGUUGAGAUCAGUAUCAAAUCAAUGGCGUCGACGGGGGUCAAAGGAUUUUUCCGAGAGAAAAAGAAAGGAAAGCCAGGAGCGGCGAAGAAGAGCAACAAAUCCGCCUCUUUCGGCUCCGACGUUGUCCAGCCCCCGGCUCUAAUCUCCCAUGCUACUCUCGAUCUUCAAGAAGAGUAUGAUGAGAAAGAGGAGGUUCUGAGGCAAUUUGACAUGAACAUGGCUUAUGGGCCCUGCAUAGGGAUGAACCGUCUGGAUCGCUGGAGCGAGCUAAUAAAUUUGGUCUAA